AUGGCGCGCUUCUUCCGCAGCAGCAACCUCGCUUCCAGGGUCUUCGACCGGCAGCUCCUCUCCCCGCGCCCCGGCGCCGCGGUUAACACUAUUAGACAGUUCUACGAGAAUUUGGUCCCAAGCUACACUAUAUAUGACAUAGAUUGCCCAGAUUAUUCAUUUCGCAAGUUCACUGAUGAUGGGAAAUAUCUUGUGGCUUUUAGCCGGAAUCACCAAGAUUUGAUUGUAUACCGUCCCAUCUGGUUGACAUAUUCAUGUAAUGAAGACUGUGAUUCUCAUGAUCUUCCAGCAAAAUCAAAGAAGUUUGAUAGUUUCUUUAAGCAACUCUACUCAAUUCCACUUGCAUCCAGCAAUGAGUACAUUUGCAAGGACUUUUUCCUGUACAUGGAAUGCAAUCAAUUUGGCUUAUUUGCAACAUCAACUGCACAAAGUAAUGAUUCAACUGCCACUGAGGGUGCAAUACACGGGGUGCCAUCAAUUGAGAAAAUAACUUUUUAUCUUGUGAGGCUAGAAGAUGGCGUGAUACUGGAUGAAAAGGCUUUCUGCAAUGAUUUUAUCAAUCUGGCACAUAGUAUUGGCGCUUACUUGUAUGAGGAUCUGCUUUGUAUUGUUUCUCUGCGGUACCAAACAGUACAUAUCCUACAGAUCCGAGAUUCAGGCAACCUUGUUGAGGUACGCAGAAUUGGUGCGUUCUGCCGGGAAGACGAUGAACUAUUUCUUCAUUCACAUGCCCAGACUGGUUAUGGGGGUUCUUUUCUUCCUGGCAUCAAGCAACGGUUGCUGUCAUAUAUAUUUCGCAAGACUCGGAAUGAGGUUCCAGAUCAGACUUUGAGGGUCCAGCAUCUGAAGAAGAAAUUCUAUUUUCACUUCCAAGACUAUGUUGAUCUUAUUAUAUGGAAGGUACAAUUUUUGGAUCGCCAUCACCUAUUUAUCAAGUUUGGUAGUGUGGAUGGAGGGGUUUCUCGAAGCACUGAUCAAAAUUUAGCAUUCUUUGCUGUGUACAACAUGGAGACGACAGAUAUUGUUUCACUUUACGAGAAUUCAUCGGAGGAGCUCUAUUCUUUGUUUGAACAAUUUUAUGACCAUUUUCAUGCAAAUCCACAAGAUUCAUCACAUGGAAAAUUUAUCUCAUCGCACUCCAAUGAUGUUCAUGCUCUUGAUCAACUUCGCACUAUUAAAAAUAAAGCAAGCAGCUCUUCACAGUUUGUGAAGAAGAUGAUGGCGUCAUUACCGUAUACCUGCCAAUCACAGAGUCCUUCACCAUACUUUGACCUAUCCCUUUUUAGGUAUGAUGAGAAGCUGAUUUCUGCAAUUGAUCGGCAUAGGCAUUGGACAGAGCAUCCAAUAAAAUUUAUAUCAGUGAGGCAACCAAAUGUUGUUAAAUUUAAGAUCAAGCCAGGUUCAGAUUCUGGUGCUUCUGACAGCAGAGCGAAAAGAAUCUCAUCCUUCUUAUUUCACCCAUUUUUCCCGCUUGCACUUUCAAUUCAACAGACUUACAUGCAGCCAACUGUCAUCAAUAUUCACUUCAGGAGAUAG